GACGUUUUGCCUCGCAGGAACGGAAUUGUGAAUCAAAUUGUGCUCAACCACCCCCGAAACAAAGUGCCACAAAAUGCCAGUAGAUAUCAAGCGUGUUCUCGUGUGCGAUGCCGUCGACAACGCGUGUGUCAAGUUGCUGCAGGACCACAACAUUGAUGUCGACUACAAGCUGAAGCUGCCGAAAGAUGAGCUGGUGAAGGAGGUGAAGAAUUAUGACGCCCUGAUCGUGCGUUCGGACACGAAAAUAACGGCCGAGGUGCUGAAUGCGGGUGCGGGACACGUGAAGGCGGUCGGGCGAGCCGGGGCGGGCGUGGACAACAUCGACAUCGAGGCGGCCACGAAAAAUAACGUGCUGGUGCUCAACACCCCGGGUGGCAACUCGAUCUCGGCGUGCGAGCUCACCUGCUUCCUCAUCGGGGCCCUCGCGCGUCCCAUUUGCCCGGCGGCGACCAGCAUGAAGGAGGGCCGCUGGGACCGGAAACUGUACUCCGGCACCGAGCUGUACGGUAAGACGCUAGCCAUCCUCGGUCUCGGCCGGAUCGGGCGCGAGGUGGGCGUGCGCAUGAAUGCGUUCGGGAUGCGCGUGAUCGGCUUCGAUCCCAUCACAACCAGCGAGGAGGCAAAGGCGGCCGGCAUCGAAAAGAUGGAGCUGGAACAGAUCUGGCCACUGGCCGACUACAUCACCGUCCACACGCCGCUCAUUCCGGCCACCAGAAAUUUGAUUUCCACGGCCACGCUAUCCAAAUGUCGCCCGGGAGUGCGCGUGAUCAAUGUGGCCCGCGGUGGCAUCAUCGACGAGCAGGCGCUGCUGGCCGCACUCGAAAGUGGCCACUGUGGUGGGGCCGCCGUCGACGUCUAUCCGGAAGAGCCGCCGAAAUCCGACACCACCCGGAAGCUCAUCAAUCAUCCGAAAGUGGUCGCGACGCCACACCUGGGUGCCAGCACGUCCGAGGCGCAGGUGCGCGUUGCCGUCGAGGUGGCCGAGCAGUUCAUCGCGCUAACGGGCAAGUCGACCGUUUACACGCAGUACGCCGGUGUCGUCAAUCGCGAGGUGUUGAAGAAUGUCUUUUAAAUCUAAUUCCUCCUCCGAGACAGCAAGCUCAAAACGGUCGCGCUAUUUUUGGGGCAAAUUGCUUUCUCAGCUUUCGAUAAGGAUGGUGCCACCAUUCCGCCGAAGCCGUCGUAAUCCUUAAGAAACCACAAGCAAAUCAAUCAUCGAUACGAAAUGGCACCACAUUUUCACAUCAUCGUCCCGUGGAGGGUAUCCAACUUUGUCCUCGCGUUACGUCAUCAACCCCGGAGCGUGACGCAUCCCCACGCCGUUAGAAUUCGAUCCUAGCGGGGACCGCCAGCAAUUACUAAUGAAAAGUUGCUCGCCCAUGGAAAGCGGUGUUGGGUGGUUUUUUUUAGAUAUUAUGAAAUUCGAUACCGAUUAAAUUUGACAAAUAGCACAACGUGACACUGGAGAAGAGGAGCAAAUAAAUGUAGCGAAACUGUGCACAUAUUAAAACACCAAACAGUUUGUUCAUGUGUUCGUCCUAGUAUACUUUCCAAUAAAAC